GUCUGUUUCCACCUGCCCAAACCAAGUCCCGUAUUUAUUCAAAUCUUCCUUCUCGUAAAUAAUAUUUAUGUAUGUUACCUAAGCUUAGUUCGCGCAUUCUGAGUUUUGUUUUGUUUCCUAAUCCUAGAGAAACUCCUCCGUGGCAUUUCAUAGCGAGCUGGUUCCCAUUCCGCUGGUCUUCCUUCCCUGGGAGGUGCUGCCCUCCCGCUCUCCCUGGCUCCCAGCGCAUUCCUCAGUCUCAGCUCCUCCAGAUGCACAAGACUCCAGCUCUGCCCAGCAGCGCUCGAAGCACGGUGCCUGCAUGUCCUCACCGAGCCUACUCAUUUCCCCUACAGUUAUACACCUGCACUGCGCGCUCCCCGUGCCUCCCCCCCAGCACACACACACACCUUAGGAUGCCUUAACACCCAGCGACCGCUGCGGGAGCUGUCGGUGAGCCGGGGCUGGGGCCAGGUGCGCAGCGGGGCCGCUGGGCACGCUCCUCCCCGGGGCAGGGCGGGGAUCCGGCCGGGCUGGAGGGCGCUGGCCCCAUGGCGCUGGCCGAGCUGUACACGCAGUACAACAGGGUUUGGAUUCCUGAUAGCGAAGAAGUCUGGCAGUCUGCAGAAAUCACUAAAGACUACAAAGCUGGAGACCGUGUUCUCCACGUGCAAUUAGAAGAUGGAACUGAACUUGAUUACCCUGUUGAUCCAUCUGCUUUGCCACCUCUGCGGAAUCCCGACAUACUUGUUGGUGAAAAUGAUCUCACUGCACUUAGUUAUCUCCACGAACCAGCUGUUCUGCACAAUCUUAAAGUCCGUUUUGUGGAGUCGAGGCUUAUCUACACCUACAGUGGAAUAAUUUUGGUUGCAAUAAAUCCCUAUAAGCAGUUGCCAAUAUAUGGAGAUGCUAUUAUCCAUGCAUAUAGUGGGCAAAACAUGGGGGACAUGGAUCCUCAUAUAUUUGCUGUGGCAGAAGAAGCAUACAAGCAAAUGGCAAGGAACAGCAAGAAUCAGUCUAUUAUAGUCAGUGGAGAAUCAGGAGCUGGAAAGACCGUGUCUGCAAGAUACACUAUGAGAUACUUUGCCACCGUCAGUAAGUCAAGCAGCAAUGCGCAUGUGGAGGAUAAAGUUUUGGCAUCCAAUCCAAUAACCGAGGCUGUCGGCAAUGCAAAAACCACACGGAAUGAUAACAGCAGUCGAUUUGGAAAGUACACUGAAAUCAGUUUUGAUCAGAGUUACCGAAUCAUUGGAGCCAACAUGAGAACGUAUCUGCUUGAGAAAUCCAGAGUUGUCUUUCAGUCAGAGAAUGAGAGAAAUUACCAUAUAUUUUAUCAGCUGUGUGCAUCUGCUAUGCAACCUGAAUUCAAGCAUCUUAAAUUAGGAAGCGCAGAAGAAUUUAACUACACAAGAAUGGGUGGCAGUACAACUAUUGAAGGAGUUGAUGACAGAGCAAAUAUGAUUGAGACUCAGAAGACAUUUUCCUUACUGGGACUGAAGGAGGAUUUUCAGAUGGAUGUUUUUAAAACGCUGGCAGCAAUCCUACACUUAGGCAACAUGGAAAUAACAGCUGUUGGAGAUGAAAGGUCAUCCAUUAAUCUGGAAGACAAUCAUCUCAAUAUAUUCUGUGAGCUUCUGGAAUUAAACAGUGACAAAAUGGCGCAAUGGUUGUGCCACCGAAAGAUUAUCACUACUUCAGAGACCGUAAUAAAGCCAAUGACAAAACCUCAAGCUCUUAAUGCAAGGGACGCUUUGGCAAAGAAGAUCUACUCUCAUUUGUUUGACUUCAUUGUGGAAAGAAUCAACCAGGCUUUGCAGUUCUCUGGCAAGCAACAUACUUUUAUUGGUGUUCUGGAUAUUUAUGGCUUUGAAACAUUUGAUGUGAACAGUUUUGAACAAUUUUGCAUCAAUUAUGCUAAUGAAAAACUACAGCAGCAAUUUAACCUGCAUGUCUUUAAACUUGAACAAGAGGAAUAUAUGAAGGAAGAUAUCCCAUGGACUUUAAUAGACUUUUAUGACAACCAGCCUGUCAUUGACCUCAUUGAAGCUAAAAUGGGAAUUUUAGAACUUUUGGAUGAAGAGUGCUUGUUGCCUCAUGGAACAGAUGAAAACUGGCUUCAAAAGCUAUAUAAUAAUUUUGUCAACAAAAACACGCUCUUUGAAAAGCCGAGGAUGUCAAACACGUCUUUCAUCAUUCAACACUUUGCUGAUAAGGUAGAAUAUAAAUGUGAAGGAUUUCUGGAAAAAAACAGGGACACAGUAUAUGAAGUUUUGAUGGAAAUCAUGAAAGAGAGCAAGUUUCGUCUGUGUGCAAACUUUUUUCAAGACAAUCCGGUGUCCAUUUCACCUUUCAGUUCAACUAUAAGCAUCAAAUCUGCAAGACCUGUCCUCAAGUCACCUAACAAGCAGCUCCGGAUGACUGUUGGCAGUAAGUUCCGGAGUUCUUUGUCUCUACUUAUGGAGACGCUUAAUGCAACCACCCCUCACUAUGUGCGAUGCAUAAAGCCAAAUGAUGAAAAACAGCCUUUUGAGUUUGACUCAAAAAGGGUGGCUCAGCAACUGCGAGCAUGUGGUGUUUUGGAAACCAUUCGGAUUAGUGCACAGAGCUAUCCGUCCAGAUGGACUUACAUUGAGUUUUUCAGCCGCUACAGCAUCCUUAUGACACAGCAGGAACUCUCUGUCAGUGAUAAGAAGCAGAUCUGCAAGAUUGUUUUGCAGCGGCUCAUCCAGGAUCCUAACCAAUAUCAGUUUGGGAGAACGAAAAUUUUCUUCAGAGCCGGACAGGUUGCUUACUUAGAAAAGCUGCGAUCAGACAAACUGAGACACGCGUGCAUCACCAUCCAAAAGAGCAUUCGAGGCUGGCUGCAGCGCAAGAAGUUCCUUGGCAUAAAGCAAGCAGCUAUUACCAUACAGCAGUACUUCCGUGGGCAGCGGACCGUGCGGCAAGCCGUAACUGCACAAGCUCUGAAGCAAACGUGGGCAGCUAUAAUUAUUCAGAAAUACUGCCGAGGUUACCUCGUCCGUAGGCUUUGCCAGCUCAUCCACGUGGCUGCUGUAACAAUCCAAGCUUAUACCAGAGGAUUUCUAGCAAGGAAGAAAUACCGGAAGAUGCUUGAAGAACACAAGGCUGUGAUCCUUCAGAAAUACGCCCGUGCGUGGCUUGCCAGGCGCAGGUUUCAGAACAUUCGGCGGUUUGUGUUGAACAUCCAGCUUUCAUACAGAGUUCAGCGACUGCAGAAGAAGAUAGAAGAACAGAGUAAAGAAAAUCAUGGCUUGCUGGAACGAUUGACUAACCUGGCUUCAACUCACAUGAAUGACUUGGAUACGAUUCAGAAACUUGAAUCAGAUCUUGAAAAGUUAACUGCUCAAAAGAGAACUUCUGAGGAGAAAGGGAAAAGAUAUAAAGAGGACAGUGAACAGAAAAUAUUGAAACUUGAGAAUCAGAAUAAAGAACUACGAGAACAGAAGGAGACCUUAGAAGUAAAGCUCCAAGAGAAGACUGAGGAAAUGAAAGAGAAAAUGGAUGACCUCACGAAGCAACUUUUCGAUGAUGUACGAAAAGAAGAAAGUCAGAGAAUGAUACUUGAGAAAAAUUUCCAAAAUCAGAAACAAGACUAUGAAAAGGAAAUUGAAUCGCUCAAGGGAGAAAUAAAGGUUCUCAGAGAAGAAAAAGCGCAGCUACAGCAACAAAUUCAGCAAGAGAUUACCAUUCAACAUGACCUGAAAAUAGAAGUAGGACAACUUACAAAGCAGGCACAGAAAAUACCUGAGUUGCAAAAGGAAAUUGAACUGCUGCAGACACAAAAAUUGGAUGUUGAAAAACAGGCCCAGUCACAGAAGAGGGAGAUGAGGGAAAAGAUGUCAGAAGUUACAAAACAGCUUCUUGAAAGCUAUGAUUUUGAAGAUGUAAGAAGCAGACUCUCUACAGAGGAUUUGGAACACUUAAAUGAGGAUGGAGAAUUGUGGUUUGCUUAUGAAGGCUUGAAAAAAGCUACAAGAGUAUUGGAAAGUCACUUCCAGUCUCAGAAGGAAAACUAUGAAAAGGAGAUUGAAGGUUUGAACUUGAAAGUUGAACAUCUUAGCCAAGAUAUUAAUCAUCUACAGAAACUAUUUAGAGAGGAAAAUGAUAUAAAUGAUGGUAUUCGACUUGAAGUUAGCAGGCUAACUUCAGAAAACCUGGUGAUCCCGGAUCUUAAACAGCAAGUUUCUGAACUUGAGAAUCAAAAAGUAGACCUUGAAAACCGUCUUCAAGAGCAGACUGCAAAGUUGAAAGAGAUGUCUAAUCGGCUGCACCAUGAGCCAGAAGGGGACAGAACACUAAGACGAACAAAUGAGGUCCAGAAUGAGGUGGACGUAAAAGAAAACGAGAGAUUGAAUGUCAUAACCCAAGAAAUGGAGGGGCUGAGCAAUGGUUUGAAGCAAGAUGAAAUCCAGGCUGAAGUAAAAAGCAAGAUAAAGCAAGAAACAACUCGACUUACUGUGGAAAACAUGGACCUUGAAGAAGAGCUAGACAUGAAAGAUAGAAUAAUAAAAAAAUUGGAGGAUCAGAUCAAAACUCUUACCAAGAAUAUUGAAAAAGGCAAUGAAGUUCACGUGUCAACUUUGUCCAAAGAGUACAUUGGGAUGAUGGAGUACAAAAAAGAGGAUGAAGAAAGGAUUGUUCAAAAUCUGAUCCUUGAUUUAAAGCCACGUGGAGUUGUAGUCAAUAUGAUACCUGGCCUUCCAGCUCACAUCCUAUUCAUGUGUGUGAGGUAUGCAGAUUAUCUGAAUGAUGCUGACAUGCUGAAAUCUUUCAUAAAUGUAACCAUUGAUGGCAUAAAGCAAGUCGUUAAGGAAAAUUCAGAAGAUUUUGAGAUGUUGUCUUUUUGGCUUUCCAAUACAUACUAUUUUCUUAACUGUUUGAAGCAGUACAGUGGGGAAGAGGAAUUUGUGAAAUACAACACCCCACGUCAGAAUAAGAACUGUUUGAAGCAUUUUGAUCUCUCAGAAUACAGACAAGUUCUCAGUGAUUUGGCCAUUCGCAUCUAUCACCAGUUCAUUCUUGUAAUGGAGAACAACAUUCAGCACAUGAUCGUACCGGGUAUGCUGGAAUAUGAAAGUCUCCAGGGAAUUUCUGGCUUGAAACCUACAGGGUUCCGUAAACGCUCCUCUAGUAUAGAUGACACGGAUACCUACACAAUGACAUCUAUCCUGCAACAGCUCAGCUAUUUUUAUAGUACGAUGUGCCAGAAUGGCUUGGACUCUGAGCUUCUAAAGCAGGCAGUGAAGCAGCUUUUCUUUCUCAUUGGAGCGGUCACCCUCAAUAGUCUCUUCCUCCGCAAGGACAUGUGCUCUUGUAGGAAAGGAAUGCAGAUAAGAUGUAAUAUCAGCUAUUUGGAAGAAUGGCUUAAAGACAAGAAUCUUCAAAGCAGCAAUGCCAAAGAAACUUUAGAGCCUCUGUCUCAAGCAGCCUGGCUCCUUCAGGUCAAAAAGAUCACUGAUGAUGAUGCCAAAGAAAUAUGUGAACACUGCACAUCACUUUCCACUGUGCAGAUAGUUAAGAUCCUCAACUCAUACACUCCGAUAGAUGAUUUUGAGAAAAGAGUGACUCCAUCAUUUGUUCGUAAAGUCCAGGCUUUGCUAAACAAUCGUGAGGAUGGGCCGCAGCUGAUGCUUGAUACCAAGUACCGCUUUCAAGUGACCUUUCCUUUCACACCCUCUCCACAUGCUUUGGAAAUGAUACAAGUCCCCAGCAGCUUCAAACUUGGCUUUCUCACAAGGGUUUAGUAAAACCGGUGCUUUGGUAUUUUCUCAGAGACUGAAUAAGAACAAGUAGAUUUCCAUGUUUCAUUUCUCCAGCUGGAGGAUGGUAUGGUAGCUUGCCAUGAAUUAAGCCACUAAAAACUUGUUCUUAUGUCAAGACGUAAAAAUAAGAAUCAUUUCAGCUUGUGAUUUCCUUCUUUGUUUUUUACUGUUGUUCACUCUUCUUUUUAGUCCUACGACAUUGACAUCUCAUCAGCUGCAUGUAAUGCCACACAGUUUUUUAGCCCAAACCUGAUGAGGAAAGAAUGUAUGUGGCAAGUUUGCAUUGGUUCUCUGCUUUCUGUAAGAAAUUUUUUUUUUCCCAAGAUGAUUCUAUCCUGUUGUCUUGCUGUACUGAAUUUGUUUGACAGUAGUAUUCACCCUUCUAUACUUCAAAUGCUUUUAUUCCUUUCAUGAAGUAAGUUGCUAAUAAAAGUUCACAAGGAGACUGUAAAGGGGGGAAUAGAAGGACCUCCCACAGUUGCUCACGCUUUUUUAUGUAUUUUAUUGUUCUUUUUUUUUUUUUUUUUAAUACAGAUAGCUACAUUGAACCUGGGGAGCAGAGGUCAGCCUAAGAGGAUUGCUGUAAUAAACACAGGCUGUCUUUGUAGGCAUGCUGCCUUGGCUCACUCAGGCUGAACGUGUGCAUUAGAGUUCAGGCACAGCAGACAGCUCUUCAGCCAGGGAAGCGAUUUGGGUCCUUCUUUUGUAGGCAGAUUUCAGCUGUGUUCUCUGCAAUGAUGUCUGGAUUUUUGCAUCAAUUAUCAGAGUAGAAAAUUCAGAUAUAAAAUUCCUGUUGAUCCAAGUUUAAAUUACGAGCUUAAUUCUUUAAAAAACAGGAGUCCUGUUUUAGGUCCAUCCCUAAUGCAGUGUCUUCAGGAACAUACACUGAGUCUGCACAUAUGUACACAUUUUUCUCCUAUUCUUUUUUGUUUGUUUCCCUCCUCUAGUUCAGAUACUGAGUAGGAAUGAAUACAGCUACUAUGGUCUGAAAUUACUGAUAAACCAAUCUUAAUUCCUUGCAUUUUUAAAUUGCACGAUCCUUACAAACAGAAUUGGUCUCCUUUUUGUUUCAUUCAGCUUUAUUCCUGUAGGCAGAACACAAAGACUAACAACUUUCUUUAAUACUAGACCCUGUCAGAACAACUGGAGAACCAGCAUUCACCUUGCUGCAAUGAUGGCUGUCAUUAGAAAUUCUUCAGUAUAUAUUGCCACUUUUCUAGCUAGGCUAUUAUGGAAAUAUGAUACUAAUGCUUAGAAAUAUUGAAGGGAUUCUAAUUAACUUAGUUAAUUUAAAUAUUACAGGAAGAAACAUUUGAUUUUUGUAUUACAUAGUGUUUAAAAUUUGUAAAUAUAAAGAAGAAUAGUUUUGUUAUAUACUAUCCUUGAUAUUUACUAUGAACAGGACAUAUUCAUAGUGAUAACUACAGAGAUGCAUAAAGAAUUUAUGAAGAAACAUUUUUGUGUUUUGUUCACAGCUGUAAAAGUUGUACAAAACUUACAGAUGUGUAGGUAGGCUAGUGUUCUUAUCUGUUAAAUAAAGCAGCUUUUAAACCAA